AUGGCACCUCCUCCUAAACGCCGGAAAUUGGCUAUCGCCCCUGUCGACGAAAUUGUUUUUGAUAAUGACGCCCGUCAUGAUUUUCUCACCGGAUUCCACAAGAGAAAAGUACAGCGGGCCAAGCACGCGCAAGAGAUAGCGGAGAAAAAGGCGAAGGAGGAAAGGAGGGAGCACCGCCGAAAGUUGCGGGAAGAGAGGCAGGCGGAGUUCCAAAGAGCACUCGACCAGAAUCGUAAACGGAUACAGGAGCUUAAUGGCCCAUCGGAAUCCGAAAGCGAGAGCAAUCCGGACCAAGACAAUGAUGCAGAAUGGGCAGGAUUCCCUGAGCCGGUGGAUUACGAGGCGGAAUAUAUCGACGAGAAUAAAUAUACCACUGUAACGGUGGAGGACAUGGAUCCCUCGAAGGAAGGGAUGUACAAAGCAGCAGAGAGUAUCGAUGGGGUUGAUGAGGACGAAGAAUCCCCAAAGACAACUGGUGCUGUGACUAAAACACCAGAGAAGCAAACAUCAACGGGGAACGAUCGCAGUCAGGCAAAGAAGAAGAAAAAGAAAAGGAAGUUUCGAUAUGAAUCUCAUGCCGAGAGGAAAAUCACGAGAAUGAAGGAACGGAUGGGCAAUCGGAAGCAGGCGAAAGCUAGACGAGCAACAUGA